UUUGAAGUUUUUCCCUCGCACUCGCAGGUCUUCCCUGCGGAUAAUCCAUUAUCACCAAAAGGGGACAGAGAAGCAGAAACAAAUUCAAGCCUCAGUAGCCAUAGACGGGGAAGCAGUGAAAAAUGGCUGCCAUGGCUGCUCUUCAGAGCUCCUUCACCUAUCUUUCCCUUUCCUCCAACAGUUUCAUGGGGCAACGUCUCUCCCCUAUCACUCACUACCCCGUUCCGGGCAAUUCAACAGAGAAGCCAUGCCUCACUGUAAUGAGGCUUAAACGAUGGGAGCGAAAGGAAUGUAAGCCAAAUAGCCUUCCAGUCUUGCAUAAAAUGCAUGUUAAAGUUGGGGAUACAGUGAAAGUAAUAUCUGGACGUGAAAAAGGUAAAAUUGGAGAGAUUACUGAGGUCUUCAAGCAUAACAGCACUGUCAUUGUGAAAGACACAAAUUUGAAGACAAAACAUAUGAAGAGUAGAGAAGAGGGUGAACCAGGGCAAAUCAUUAAGAUCGAAGGUCCCAUCCACAGCUCAAAUGUGAUGCUAUACUCUAAAGAACAGAAUGUGGCAAGUCGUGUGGGCCAUAAGAUUCUUGAGAAUGGCAAAAAAGUCCGUUACCUAAUAAAAACUGGAGAAAUAAUUGACACGGCAGAGAAUUGGAAGAAAUUGAAGGAGGCGAAAAAGAAAACUGAAGAAGUUGCUGCUUCAUAAUUUGACGGGUUGAGUUGAUGCCUUCGCCAAUAUUGUUAACUCUAAAUGUACUUAAUACUGUUUGGUAUUUAGUGUAUAUUUUUUGGUCUGUAUGUUCAUUUCCAUAUACAAACCCGAGUGGAGAUUAAUUGGUUUAUUAUUAAUUGGCUGUUUUUUUAAUAAUUGACCCUCCUUGAGAGAAAUUGUCCCA